GCACUCUCGCAUCCCAACAUGGACACUUCGGUAGGUAAUCUGAGCCGAGAACAUACCAAGGGGGCUGCAAAUCCCAAACAUCGCAUACGUCCUCGCAUAGUGUUAGCGUAUGAUAGUGUACGCAGGAAACAGCCCGUCCGACGCCGUUGUGCCUCCCGUAUGCUGACAGGAGGUGCGAUUCACCGAAUGUUCCGCCGUGUUGGGCUUGAAAAGGCAAUGCUUUGGGCUGCGAUUGAAACGCGGGAUCCGGAACCUUGGGAAUCCCCGUGGGCCGUCAGUGGCGGGUGCGACUGUCACGACUCAUGCGUGAACUAUUACCUCCACCGCACGGUGCAAUAUGCACAGCGAAAAUGGUGGUUGGGAGGCGAAACGGUACCUGCAGAUUUCGCGUUGGAGGAUCAAACACGGCAUUCGCGAAACAGCCGCUGUUCACGCCAAAUUACCUGGAUAGUCGAAUGCCAUCCUUCGAUUUACGACAGCUUUUUGCGGCUGUUGUUGCGACAUCGACAGCUCAUGUUGCAAGUGACGGGCCCACGCAUCGACGGUAAAUGUCGUGUGGUAGGUCUGGAACACAAUGCGCUUCUCGAAAAGAUUAUCUUGCAGAUACUUCGGGACAGUAUGAAACAGCGAAGGCAAGUCGCAGUGUUAUGCUAGCAUGUUUGGAGUCCGUGUGCUGUGUGGAGGAUGCCCCUGCGUUCGUCCGGCUGGCGCACGUUGCGCAUGCGGCCCGUCGGUUCUCCAGAAG